AUGUCUGCCCCCAGCCCCGUCCACCUCUACAUUGACGGCGUCCGCCACAAAACCCCCUCCUCCCAACUCGCAGGCUACUCCGUCUUCGCCCCCGCCCAUUCCGUUCGCAUCGCAGAGCCGCUCCCAGGCCACGUCCAGUCCCUCUACCGCGCACAGCUCCACGCCUUCCUCGCCGCUCUACAUCUCAUCCAAGGCCUCCGCGCACGCGCCGCUGUCAUCUGUAUCCACUCUGACUACAUCGUCAAGGCCUACAAGUACCAACUCCGCAAAUGGCACGAAAACGGCUGGCGCUCCGAAAACAACCGCCCCAUUGCAAGUCGUGCCAUUUGGCAGGAAGUCUGGGACAUCUGCUCGUCCUUCGCUGACCGUCGCGUCAGACUCUCUGUCCAAGCCAAGAACCGUGAGACGGACCACAACAUGUACAUCGCAAACCGUCUCGCCCGUCAUGCCACGACCUUACACGUCACAUGCGACCUAUGCCAUAGGACGCACGGACGCCAGUGGGACAGUCAUGAUUGCAAGCCUAUCUGCAACUUGGACGGCUGUCGCCACCGCGUGUUUGAUAACGUCGAGGCGUACAACAAACACGCCACGCGUCGGCACAUGCGCAAGUGCCGCCGCAAGGACUGUGAGGAGAAAUUCUCGACAUUUGUGCAGAAGGAGCUCGAAGAACAUGAGCGUGAGGCGCAUGGUGGUCGAGUGUUUGCUUGCGACUACUGCGGGCAUUAUUUGAAGAGUGCCCGAGGCGUGACACGACACGUCCGCAACAAGUGCAAGCACGCGCCCAUUUGCUCCGGGUGUGGCAAGGUGUUUAAGAGCAGGAAAGAGCUCGAGGCGCAUCACAGGCACAUUGAAGCGUCAGAGAGCAGCGAGUCAAGCGACGGGGAAGAACGGUACAUGACGAAAAGUGCGAUAGGCAGGCUGUAUCGCGGCGUGCAGGAUAGGGAUGAUGACUCGGAGUGGACGGAUAGCGAGCAAGAGGAAGAAUGGAUACGCGCGGCGCGCAAGAGGGCAGGAGGUUUGGAUGGAGGGAGGGGAAAGCAUAAGUGCAAGAAGCAUACGCACAGGCAUCGGUCUCAUCAUGAUGAUCAUGCGGGCGGGCAGCACGUGAUGACGGACGGAGAAGGGCGUGAAUGGGAGAUUGACGAGUUUGAAGGGGUGCGCAGACGUGCUCAGCGGCCUUCGGGCGGGAUGCAUUACCACACCACUUACUAUGAUCAUGAGCACGGUGGGGCGCGCAGCGAGUAA